AUGUCUCUGGUCGAUCCGUCCAACUUGCUAAAUUGGUACAAGAGACUUUGGUCUCGUACGGUAGAUCUCGUGGGUGACUUUUUAGGGAGUGAGCUUUUCAUAAUCGAUGGAGACUCGCUUCUGCUAGAGUGCUUUUCCAACGAAAAACUCGAUUUUUACCCAGGUUUUCAGUUACUACACGCAACAUACAUUGUUGAAAAGUUCUUGCAAAAGCUCCAACAACGCAAGUGUGUGUUUGAGAUUGUGUUUUUUGACAGCAAUGCCCAAUUCUGUAUCCCCACAGGGAGUUCUGACAACAACGAUAACAAUGGUGACGAUCGAUACCUCCUUGCUCGUGAAGCAAUCAUUCAACACCUCAUUGCGAUCUCUGAGGAGGAGAAACAUGGAUUUAAUAUUCAUGUGUUUGAAACCUUUCAGUCUGAAUCUUUUGGAGAGCAUUUGGUAGAUUCAGGGGCAUACGUGUUCAUGUGCCACGAAGGCACCAUGCAUGAGAUUAACGAGAUUGACGAAGUUACGGACGACGAUGCCGAUAGCUCGAGCGAUUACUCUCAAGAAGACAGCGGCGAUGAUAUUCACGCCAAAAACGAGACUGAAAUCAUUCAUUUACGCAGAUCGAGGUCGGUGAUUGGUUUCAGACUCAUGAUUCAUUGGUUUGUUACGCAUGGAUGUAACAUCGCUCUUAUCAACAACCUGGAGUUUCGGGAUACGAAGAUCAUGGCUAUGGUGAUCCAGGAUUCGGCCAAAAGGCAAGGUGGCUCGUUAUCUGUACAUGAUAUCCUGUGGGCAGACAUAUCUGAUACUACCCAAUCCACAAAUUCAGAUGGUUUCACCCCGAUGGCAAUAUCUAAGCUUCUUGAAAUGGUAAUUCAAGAAGACCCAGACCUGACGCAAAGCCAAUGCCUUUUGACCGUGUCUCUAGCAGUCAUGAAGAAAGCUGGCCCAAACAACCUCACAAACACAAUCGGAUUAACUUCAGCAAUUCUACACCUUGUCAUUCUGCAACAUGCAAAGCUUGAAGACCGAGUGAUGCCAGCCCCUAAUGUCGCGAACACAGCAUUCUUUGAUGCAUUUUUAAAAACCUCAAAGGACGUACUUACCUCGACGUGUUGGAUGGAUGCAAUGCAACAACACAAAUUGCCUUGCGAUCUCGCUGAUUUUGCAGAUGGAAGAAUGUUCUUCCAAGUUCAGGCAAUGAUUAUUGAAAGUCUUGGUAUCAGUCGUGUUAUCUCAUCCACAACACUCUCACCGUUCAACAAGCUUGCUUCCUUGGUGGAUCGUCUCUGUGGCACAAAACUUGCGAUUGGAGAGAUAAAGGAUGACACCCCAGGGAUCUUAUCUAUAGGGAAACACAGUGACAGCAAGCCAGGGAAGGAGCUUAUUACAGAAAUUUAUUGCGAGUCUCCGAACUUUGUCAAGGUUCUUCCAUUCCAGAAUUCCGUUUUCGAUGAACAUCUCAAACCUGUGCAUCUAGAAAUUGAGGCAUCCGUUAAUGAAAACGAGGUCUCGACUGCCAAGAAGUUCAUGGAUCUAAAUCAUUGGCAUAAUUCAAGGCCCCUCGAUCAGAAAAAGGCAGUUUUGACACCCCUGAAUUCGCGACAACAAAGGAGGGAUCAGCUAUAUAUGGCCGAGAUGCGACACUAUGCAGAAAGUCUCUUGGGAUCAGUCGGCAUGUCUCAAACGGAGACCAUUGUGGUUGAUCGCUCCAGCAGUUCUCACAAAAAGCCCUCACUAUCGAAGGAGAAACAACCAUCAAACCGCGUGAACAAACACAAUGGCCCGGCAAAAGGACCAACGGUGAGAGAGAAAGCUGCUGCGGCAGUCCAGCAGAUAGCAGCCGAGAGAGAGCAGAGGAAGAGGAAUCAAUGGGUGGUUAAUAUUCAAGAAUUUUCAAAGCUUGACGAUUCAAUGGUCCGAUUCACGAGGGUUGAAGACUAUUUGUCGGGGUUGUCCAAGGACGAUCGCCGCAUUGUGGAAGCCGAAAUCUUCACGUACCUUCUUGACACGUUGGUUCAGGCGAUCUGUGAAAUGAACGGAAGUGAGCAAGAUGGGAGAACACUUCUUGCCACACAUAUCUGGAGUGUCAUUACUCGUCUGAUGAAAGUCAGGCAAGGAAUAAGUGCCGAUAUCUCGAAGUAUGUCAGCAAAAUGUGUCAACAGCUUGCAUUACCACCGGUCCAACUGGAACCCCAAGUCGACCACCCCUUGUCCUUUAAGCUUUCAAAGGAGAUAUCAAAAGCACCCCAAAUCAUGGCUGGAACUGACCCAGUUGAGUUCCAGCUUCUCUAUGGUGGACCCUUCAUGGACCGUAGUAUCGAUUCCUUGCCAGACCCAAGAACCCCUGACUUCAAUCCUGAUCGUUGGCAGCGAGAUGUGCUGGACCAGAUUGAUCAGAAGAAGAGUACUUUUAUUGUUGCCCCUACAAGCGCGGGAAAGACAUUUAUUUCGUUCUAUGCAAUGAAACAGAUUCUCAAAGAGGAUGAUGAUGGGGUUCUUGUUUAUGUUGCUCCUACAAAGGCACUCGUCAACCAAAUUGCAGCAGAAGUGAUGGCUCGGUUCUCAAAAUCAUAUCCAGAAAAUGCCACUGCAAAGUCAGUCUGGGCCAUCCACACGAGGGAUCACCGAAUCAACAACCCUUUGACUUGUCAAAUCCUCAUUACAGUCCCGCAUAUUCUUCAAAUUAUGCUACUGGCUCCUUCCAAUGCCAACACAUGGACGCCCCGACUCAAACGUAUUAUCUUUGAUGAAAUUCAUUGCAUCGGUCAAGCCGAAGAUGGCAUUGUAUGGGAGCAGUUGCUCCUCUUAGCUCCCUGUCCAAUAAUCGCUCUCUCAGCAACCGUUGGUAACCCAAACGAAUUCAACAGCUGGCUUCAGCGUGCUCAGGAUACAAAUGGGCAUGACCUGAAAAUGAUACAAUAUAAUCACCGAUAUUCGGAUCUGAGGAAGUACGUGUACCAUCCACCACGCAAUUUUAUUUUCGAAGGAUUUUCUAAACUCAGCGGAUUAAGUCACCUUGGACUUGAUGAAGCUGACGGGAUGGAGCUCAUGCAUCCUGUUCUCAGCCUGGCUGAUCGCUCAAGACGUAUACCGGAUGACUUCAGCCUUGAGCCACGAGACUGUUUGACCCUGUGGAAGGCAAUGAAUGACUUACAGACACCUGAUUUCCCGAUUGAUACUUCUCUCAACCCAUUCAACCGGUUUUCUGGUACCAUGAUUCAGAAGAAGCAUAUCAUUGAGUGGCAAAAGCCUCUGAAGGAUCUGCUAGGAAAAUGGAUCAAGGACAGGAAAUCGCCCUUUGAAGCACUUUUGCAUCGCCUCAGUCGACCAGAUAGAACGAAUUUUGCAAGUGUGGCUACAGAUCAAGCUGGGUUAGAUAAUUCAGAAACCCCGUCUACAUCAGAGAGCUCGGGACUUUUCUCCUCUACCCUUCCCCUGAUUUGCUCAAUGCAAGCUCAAAGUGCCCUUCCAGCGUUGUUCUUCAACUAUGAUCGGAGCCAGUGUGAAGGUAUAUGCUAUCAGGUGCUAACGCAGUUGCAGGAGGCAGAAAAAAACUGGAAAGCAACAAGCUCCAAGUGGAAGUCUGACAUGGACAAAUGGAACGAAUGGCGGAAGCAGGAAUCCAAGACGAAGAACCAGAAGACUACAAAAGCUACUAAGGGGCAAAAGGGGGGCGACGGUGAUCCCAUGUCCCGCGCAGAUCAGAUCAGAGAAUCUGCAUCCGUUGAAAAAAGCCAGUGGGUGCUUUUUGACCCGGAGAGACCUGUGGAGAUGUUUAGUUUAGCGGACUUUAAGAAGCUUCGCCCGUCUGAAUUCGCCGUGUAUGCAGAGCAGCUGAAACGCCGUGAAAUGCCCAAAUGGCUCAUUGACGCACUUGAAAGGGGAAUUGGUGUGCAUCAUGCAGGCAUGAAUCGGAAGUAUCGUCAGAUUUGUGAAGUACUAUUUCGAAAGGGCUUCUUGCGUGUCGUCAUCGCAACGGGCACAUUGGCUUUGGGUAUCAAUAUGCCAUGCAAGACGGUUGUCUUCUCAGGAGAUUCCGUAUUCCUGACAGCCCUCAACUUUAGACAAGCAGCCGGUCGAGCAGGUCGUCGUGGAUUUGAUAUUUUAGGAAAUGUUGUUUUUCAGCACAUUCCAACCGCCAAGGUGCUGCGUCUGGUCAGUUCCAGGCUUCCAGACCUCAAUGGGCAUUUCCCUAUUACCACGAGUUUGGUUCUUCGAUUGUUCAUUCUUCUGCAUGGGUCAGGUCACAGCGCCUCUGCGAUAAGGUCCAUAAACUCGAUCUUGUCACAGCCCCGUAUUUGUCUUGGUGGACCGGAGAUGAAACAAACCGUAUUACAUUACCUCCGAUUCUCCAUCGAAUACCUCCGACGAAACUUUCUUCUCGAUGACACCGGAGCUCCAUUGAAUUUUGCAGGCUGUAUCUCCCACCUCUACUACACAGAGAGCUCAAGCUUCGCGUUCCACGCCUUGCUUAUUUCUGGAUAUUUCGACGACCUUUGCAAAGAUAUCGGGAAAGAGAAGGAACGGCCCAAAAUACUAUACACUCUAAUGCUUGUCAUGGCCCAUAUUUUCGGUCGGGUUCCACUGCGCAAAUCCGUAUUAGAGUCGUACCGUUCUGCGGAGAAACGGGCAUCCUCUGUUGUGGUCCUUCCACCGUUACCAGAAGAGGCAUCCAAGAUCCUUCAUUCUCAUAACAGUCAGGUGCUAAACAUUUACACUGGGUAUGUCUCCACAUUCAUUGACCAGCAUGUCAAAGGAUAUGACCAGUCCCUUCCGUUCAGCGCGGUUAAGUGUGGAGGAAAUAAAUCGGCUGUUGAGCUUGGCUUGUCUCAAGUGCAUCACCAAGAGGCUCCAAAAAUUACGUCCCCAUUCUAUGCACUUUCCGGGCAAUACGACAGUUGGGAUAGUGUGUCGAAUCUUUGCGAGUCGGUUCGCAGCGAUGUAUGGCUUGAGGCUUCUGUCGUGCCGUACGUACCUGUAGCUUCGGAAAGUCACCCGUUGAAUGCAUAUCUACUCGACUUCUUUAAACACGGGAAUAUCAAGCAAUUGGAAACCGCCAAUAAAAUCCGUCGAGGUGAUGUUUGGUUUGUUCUGAACGAUUUCUCCAUGGUGUUGGCCACUAUAACCACAACUCUCGAGAACUUUCUCAACCCCAAAGGCAACGACGUUGAUAUGGACAUGCUCAAUGUCGGUGGUCAUGGUGACUCAAAGGAAUUUGAGACAGAUGCGAUGUUCGUCGACAAGAAGGUUGCUGAGAUGGAAGCAGCAGCAACAACUCAGCCAGGAGAUAGGAAUCGUCAAGAAAAAGUAGUACCGGUGCUAGGCACCCAUUCUCGUCGUGCUGGUAAAGGUAAAGUUGCGGAAAGCUGGGAGGACGAUCUGAUAGCAGAUGUUGAAAAAGUCAUUUUGAAUCAAAAUGACUCCAAUGACAAAUCAGGAGCGGUUGAGCCCGGAAAAGAGAUGAGCCAAUCUCGCAAGUCCUCCUUGGCCCUGGUAUACAAGGCAUUCAUCGAGCUCAAAAAUGAUUUUGAUGAGAAGUUCAAGGCUAUGUGGGCAUGA